AUGACAGCCAUCAAUUUUGGCCUUUUUCGUGGACUUUUGGCGGCAUUCGUGCUUUUCGUGCCGUAUCCGAUUUGUUCGGAAGUUCUGCUGGUAGACCCUGACACAGACCUGGCUUUGUACCUCAAUGGCCAGGAGUAUUUUCCAGACACGUCGUCCCCUGUUCUUCCAAUGAAUGGGGUUCGGCGUAUCAACACUGCAGAGACAAACAUUCGGGUUUACAGAACUGCGCGAGAUCUCACAACUGGAGACUUGCUGGCGCUGCAAGUCAGCACCAGGCGCACAUCUGUCAUAAAUGUGACAGAUGCACUUGGGCGCAAGAUUGAAUACCCUGCCCCAGUCGGCAUUGUUCUCGUCGGGGAAUUUGGGACAAUGAGCACAGAUGCAUUUAAGUGCUUCACACAAAAAGAGGCAAAUGACGACUUCAAAACGCCAUUUCAGGAGCUUGCCUUCAACGACUCUCACUGGCCCCUUGCCUACGAGCAGCCACACGACUGCUGCCCAUGGCGAGAUGCUUUAAUGGCCUGGAACAGGAUCGGCGCAAAGUGGAUCGGGUUGAAUCCGGCCUUUUUCGUGGGCAACGUCUCAGGACCACGGCAGAUGUUUUGCAGGUACAGGGUUCCUGGGGACACGCUCAUCACUCGAUUGCCUGUGGAAGAGGUGCAGAAGGCAUCUGCUGCAGCCCCGCAAGUUGAGAUUUUCAUGGUGUCCGUGUCUGUUUCCCUCUCCAAGAUCGAGGUAAUUGUUGAUCGAGAAGCGGAUGUCUACUGUGGCGUGAUCGAUGGACGGUAUGAGCUGCGAGUUCCGACUCACAACGAGCUGAAGAGCUGGGGAAUUCCGAAGCUGGCUGUUCAAGGUUCCACCUUUGGAUAUCAAACAAUUGGUGACACAGAGUUCACACGGGAAGACAUAGACCAUCCUGCAAUGGAGCGCUAUGAUGUGGCAGAUCUGGCAGAGUGUGAAGAGAUUUGCUCCGGCAUUCCUGCUUGCGCCGCGCUAACGUAUUGGAUUGUUGGUAAACAUUUCCAGACUGGGACCAACUGCAAGCUGAUGAAUGCUACUUACAAUGCCUCACUCAGGCUUGCCGCAAGUGAGAGCUCUGAGUAUCAGCUUCGUCGAAGGGAGGUAGUUCCUGCGAUCAGCAUACUUACCUAUGCCGGUAGCGCAGAAGAUCCCAUCUCUGGGGAUCACAUGAACAUUUCGGCUAUUGCUGCAACACUGGUGACUGAGCGGACUGAGGGCUGUACAGACUGUGGGAGCACGGACCCCCCAGCUGUCCAGAUGCUUGGAGGAUGGGUGGAGCAGGAUUCGGUGGGAAUCGUCGCAGUGGCCAGCAGAUCUGGUCGCAUUUUCUGCGUAGCCAAGGAACAUCCAAUAGGCAGUGGCUUUGUAGAGGUACUUGCAGAGGAGAUUCAAGAUGCUGGUUUUUCCAAUCUGGCGACCGUGGGUGGCCAGACCUUAGCGGUCAUCAUCACCGGCUUGGAUCCUGAGAUUCAGUAUCAGGUUACAUGCGUCGCCGAAGCAGAUGGGGGCUUACUGAGCGAGCAGGUGCAAAUCGACUCUACGCGCCGAUUGAUGAACACAACGUCUACAGAGGUCACCAUAAACAGCAUGGACAUUACAAGACAAGAGUCAUUGGCCAAUGCUGUCUUUGAUGCCAUGGUGGUAACGACUCAAGUCACAAGGUUGGGCUACCAGUGGUGUCAAGUGUACCCACAGGAGAACAUGAUUCAGCAGGGUAUCCCAGAGGUGCAUACGCUGGAGCAAAUGGGACUCCGUGCCAAGGUAUUUGAUUUGCAGCAGGACGUGCAAGUUGAGUUCGACGGCCUUGACAAAAACACUUCGUACGAAGUGUGGUGCACGGCCAGGUACGAUGAUUUCUCAAAUGAGACUGAUGCGGACCUCAUUACAACGCCGUAUCCCAUAGCCAUUAUUCGAUCCGCGGUCCCCGGGUACGACUCUGUUUCCCUCACUGUAAGCUUGAGCAAGAGCCCGGCUCAUGUUUUUUGUGAUGCCUUUCCGUGGGCUUUGCGGCCAACCACUGCAAGACCAGCUGCUCCAGGUGUGGAUCGUUUGGCAGCUUCGCCAUACAACACAGUGCUGUUUCUUGAGGGUGGGAGUGGGACAAUCACCAUGGAGAUUGCCCCUCUGGUCUCCGGUUUUCUGUAUGACAUCUACUGCUACGCUGAGUUUUAUCGCCCGCCCCCGCCACCAGGGGCUAUCCAGCCACCGAGACAGGGGAUGAACGUGUUUGACAUCAUCGAGACACGCCUGGCGGUUCAUAUGCGUGGGCCUCUGUUUGAUGAGCUGGGUUGGGAAUGUGUAUCUGGCCAUGCAUGCAGUGUCGAACACAUCCUUGGUGUCCGACUUGCCGAGACUGACCAGUUAAUGGUGCGAGCAGAUGCUUGCCCUGGACGCUGCCGAUGUCUAGGCAUUGUAGAUGCAAAUCGCAAGGGGGGAGUUUGUUCUGAGAUCUCGCAAGAUCCCCUUGUUGUGAGUGGCAUUGGCAUAGAGGACAAGAGAGAUCCGAGAGGCGCCUGGUGCUAUGUGCUCGCAGGGACUUGCGAAGACGAAGAGCGGUCAGCCUUGUUUCCUACGAUGACACUAUCCUACAAGGUUUGCACCUAUGCGGGUGCAGUUGCAGAGGGUGGCCAGGGAGCACCUGGCUUCGCAAACGGGGGGCGUGCAUCUGUUCGCAGAGGCAGCAGUGGCCGUACCUUUGAUUUCAGCCUGGUGCCGCUGAUCGUUCCUGGACGUAGCUACGACCUUUGUUGGUGUAAUGGCACGGAAUCUUCAUGCCAAAUCGGGGCUGACUUUACUACUCGCAUAGGAGCCUUGCACAUGUCUGGGCCAUCUUCUCAGCAGAUGACCACCAACAUGACCUGCCGAGUCGGACUUCCUUGCGUGCUUGAGUUCUUUGAUGGUCAUGCAGUGGAGGAUGGAUCACGCCUUGUAGCUUUGCCAGAGGAUCCACGAGGUUGCCGCUGGGAGCGUGCAUCGCUGGCUGAUCCGACAGGAAUUCCAAAUUUUCCGAAUGUGGGAGUCUCGAACGUGUACAGCAAAAACCAUCGGAGAUAUGCCUUUGGCUCUGCCCCUUUGAUCAUAAACGGGGGCAUCUACAAUCUAUGCUGGUGCGGCCCCUCUGCGCGUACGUGGUCAGUUGCGCCAGGACAGGAGUAUAGGAUACCUAAUGGUAUCAUUCCGCCACCAUGCCCGAACAUUCGGGCUGAUGAUGGCGGUGACUUUCUCACGCCUGCUGGAAAGUUACUUGUGAUUGGCCCAGAACCUUUUGGCACGGUUUCCUGCCGACUGGGUUCCGAGUGUGUGACACCGUUGGUUCAGGCCAACGGUUGA